UUUUAUUGCUUGUUCAUUAAGAUUGCAAAAGUCGUGCCGAUGAUUGAAGUAAUAUUAAAUUGGGUAAUGUUUUUAUUGCAGAUGUUCCCGGCUUUAAUUUGCAAAAAAUACAAAUGGAGCAAAUUGGGAAAAGCUCAGACUGGGGUGACAGUGAGUUGUUUGAGCCAACAAUGGACCCUAAUAUAUCAGUAUCGGUGAUAGAAGAGAAGGUGCCUACUCUAACUGUAGCUGCAAUCGUAGGAGUUACCGUGGUGAUACUCAUUGCCAUCGCUGCAGUUUUCCUGUUAGGUGUUCUUAUGGAUUGGAGGCAGCAGCGGAUGCUCGAGAAGAAGAUGGGUGAAGUAAAACGGCUUAAGAACCAACGAAGAGUUAACUCUCAUCCGGAAGCCGAUGACGUCAGUAUAUCGGCGAAUAUGGAAGAACCGGUAGACAGCAUCGCUCCAGCAGAAAUCUUACGAACCAUACCGUGACAUUUAUUUCUUUAUAAUCUGAUACAGUAUAAACGUAUGCUAAUUUGAUCUUUAAUUAAUUGUGCCAAGACUUUAAAUCGUAGCAGCUAUCAGCUAAAUGUACAUUUAUC